CGCCUCGACGUACAUGUGGCGAUUUGUGCUGAUGCAGAUGGCCGACCAACGUCGAUGCCAUCAUCGUCUGCAAUCGCAAGGACUCGCUGAUGCUGAAGAUGGCCGUGGGACUGCAGAGCCUCGUCAGGAAACAGGGAGCUCGACGCCCGAAAACAAGACCAGAACCAUUCUACUUGUGCUUCUGGUAAUGGGCCUCUGCUCCGUCUCCUACCUCCUAGGCGCGUGGCAAGCAAAACGUUUUGGAAGAGGGGACUGCAUAGCAGCAGCGCUGAAUGAGCAGACCAAAACCGUGGUUCUACAGGGUCUUCAUGUCGAGACUCAUCUUUCUCUCACUGGCACACCCUCCUGGAGAUGACUCGCUCACCUUUCAUGUUUCCUAUCUUUUGGGGUGACAUGUAGUAGUAUGUUAUUUUGUUUCUCUUGAACAAACCAUGAUUUGUUUGUGAAA